AUGCCUAGCCCUUCAAAGCGCACUCAGCGCGCAAGGCGCGACUCGACGCGCAAAGAGCUGGCUUCCGAUCGCCCCGACGAUUCUUCUCCCUCGCGUCCUGCUAAGCGCAGAAAGAAGACCGAGGAAACCUCCCCUUCGCCUAAGGAUAAUCCCGACGAGGAACCCGACUCUAGUCUGGCUGCUGACUCCAGUCUUGUUGCCGACGACUCCAUUCAGAAUGCGAAGCCUUUCGAUUUUGUCGUCGACAAGGUCGCCGAGUACCUGAAAGCUCCCGCGAACGUCGCCAUUCAAGCCAGCAAGGACCACUCCAACUCCCGCCUCACCGGGGAGGACGGUAUCAACGCCUACGCCAAGAUCGUCGGGCUUGGUUGGACGUUCUAUGUCAAGAAGACGACCAUCAAUAUCGGCCGCUCCUCUGAUCCUCCGCAGCCCGUCGACCCAGAUAACGACGAGGAAUUCAUUCACGUUGACCUGGGACCAAGCAAAAUGAUUUCACGCCGGCAUGCGAGCAUCUUCUUUAGCGCCAGCUACAGUGGGGGCUCCGGUCGGUGGGUACUACACGUCAAGGGCAGGAAUGGGGUCAGAAUCAAUGGUGUCCCCCUGCCUGUCGACGAGGCCCAGGCAUUGAGCAGUGGUGACGUCCUCGAAAUCGCGACAAUCGAGAUGAUGAUGGUUUUACCGGAACAAGAGCCCCUCAGAAUAUCUGCACAGUACCUUGAGCGCGCUGGUUUGUCUGAGCGUGAUCUUCCCACCAAGACAGACGACGCUCGUGUAAAUCCACCAAGCUCUGCCGCACACAGGCCUAGUUCCUCGCAUAGCAUCUACCAAGCCCGGCAAGGGCGAGGACAACAGGCUAUUGCGCCGGCCCCGCCUGACUACAAGCGCCCCGGGACGCCACCGUCUGUACGGAGCAGGAACCAGACUGUGCCCAAGGCUUCGCCGCUUAUCAGGGGCAACGCUACCGGGAACAUGAUUUUGAGUACCAACGACAUGGACCUAAGUCUCGAGGAUAAUAAAGGCAUCAAGCCUCAGUACAGCUAUGCGCAGAUGAUCACCCAGGCGAUCAUGAGCACCCAGGACGAGAAACUCAACCUGAACGGCAUCUAUACGUACAUCAUGUCGAACUAUGCGUACUAUCGGCAUCAGCAGCCUGCUGGCUGGCAGAACUCGAUCCGUCACAAUCUUUCGCUCAACAAGGCAUUCGAGAAGGUUGCCAGGUCUACUGAUGAACCGGGGAAGGGAAUGAAGUGGCAGAUCACAGCCGAGUGCCGUGAUGAGAUGGUGAAGAACGCCUGGAAGGGUGGCCGUGGUGGUCAUCGUGGCUCUUCAAACCCAUCAUCGCCCAGUGGGCUGAACUACAUCACCCAGGGUCCGCGAGAAAUGGCAGCCAAGGAGCCCAGUCCCCUUCGCAAGCGCAAGGUCUCACCCUCCGGAUCACCGCAACCUCGAUCGGCUUUGCGUAUCUCGCACACGACACCCGAGCGCAGCACUCGCCGUCUUCAGUCUGAUGAUACAGCGGAUAUCGUAGACGGCAGUCCUCUCCCAAGACACCGACAGUCAAGUGCUGGAGCCUCGACUGCGCUGAAUGAGACCGCUCCGCGGUCACCUCUCCUAACGUCCUCGUAUCUUCCAGAGGACGGCUCAUCCCUGGUGACCCCAGCUCCGCUCAAGAUUCACCCCAGACUCGCGCCUCCGAGCACGGCUCAGCGCCCGAGCCAACACAUGCCCAUGAGCUCCCCGGCUCCCUUCUGGAAGUUUGCCGAGUACGGCAGCACCCCGAUCAAGCCUUUAGCGGAUAUCAGCCCCUCCAAGAACCCAGGACCAAUCCAGCAGAGUAGUAGCCCCCCACGCAUUGCCAAGUCUCCCACUGGUAGUCCCACCCAGAACGGCCGCUCAGCAACUCACGAGCCAAUCAAACCUGAAGAGCCGGAGGAUGAAGAAGAGGGCAUCGAUUUGACCAAAGGAUUUCAAAGUAUCAGCUCUUACCACGAGUCGCUGAAUGCUUCCAUGUCCAAGGGCAAUUCGUUUGAAUCCACCAAUGGAAGCAAGGCAUAG